AUGACUAAUCAAGGCGAACAAACAUCGGAUGAGGCUUGGAUAAAUCUGUGGACUUGUUCUCCUCGUGAGGUUGGGGUUAGGGUUUGGUCAUUGCUUGAUCCUCUGCUCGUUCCUGUUCCUUCUUUGGGUAGUGGGUUGGGUAAUGCUGAUAGUAAUAAGGGGAAUAAUGAUAAAAUCUCUGAUGAUGGGGUGCUGAUAGUUAGAUCAGUUGGCCUUGAGGUGUCUGAUAGGCUUGCUGAGAACAAUUAUGUGGGUGAGGAGAUUAGAGAGGAGGGUGAGAAGGAUCAUCUAGGUGAGGAGCAUGAUGAUUCCCAGCUCAUGGACAUUGCUGUCCAAGCUGCCCCUCUUGGGGAUAAGAGAGGCCAGAAAAAGAAAAAAACUUUUGUGAGGAAAACCAGAGCCAGUGUUAAAGGAGGGAAUAGGGUGAAUGAACACGAGGUCUUCUGGACAGAAACCAUUGACAUACAACCCGAAAAUCACAAGGAAGGAUAA